AUGGCCGCCAUCCGCUCGUCGUCUGCCCUCCUGCUGGGCGCUGCUGCGUCUAGGCCGGCCCUGCGCACCGCCGUCACCUCCAGCACCGCUGCCGCUGUCCGCGGCAUGGCCCAAGUCGCCGACGCCGCCCAGCAGACCGCUACGUCGAGCGAGAAGCCCCGGCUCAAGACCUUCCAGGUCUACCGCUGGAACCCGGACAAGCCGACCGAGAAGCCGCGCAUGCAGAGCUACACCCUUGACCUUAACAAGACCGGCCCCAUGGUUUUGGACGCCCUGCUGCGCAUCAAGAACGAGCUGGACCCGACCCUGACCUUCCGCCGUAGCUGCCGUGAGGGCAUUUGCGGCAGCUGUGCCAUGAACAUCAACGGCACCAACACCCUUGCCUGCCUGUGCCGGAUCCCCAAGGAGGACAACAGUGAUGUCAAGAUCUACCCGCUGCCGCACACCUACGUCAUCAAGGACCUCGUGCCCGACCUCACCCACUUCUACAAGCAGUACAAGUCCAUCAAGCCCUACCUGCAGCGUGACACUCCUGCUCCUGAUGGCAAGGAGUACCGCCAGUCCAAGGAGGACCGUAAGAAGCUGGACGGCUUGUACGAGUGCAUCCUGUGCGCGUGCUGCUCGACGUCUUGCCCGUCGUACUGGUGGAACUCGGAGGAGUACCUGGGUCCCGCUAUUUUGCUGCAAUCAUACCGCUGGCUCGCCGACUCUCGUGAUGAGCGCAAGGCAGAGCGCAAGGCCGCCCUCAACAACUCCAUGAGCCUGUACCGCUGCCACACUAUUCUUAACUGCACCCGUACCUGCCCCAAGGGUUUGAACCCCGGCCUGGCCAUUGCCCAGAUCAAGAAGGAGCUUGCUUUCUAA